AUGAAGCUCAUUUUUUCGUCCUGGAAUGUGAGUAAGCUACGAAUCGGCGUUGGGAUUCUGGCCGCAUACACGUCCUACGCGGGUUAUAUCCAGCUCAAGACCAAGUAUGAGAUUUCGGAGCGAGCCCGGAAAGAACAAUAUGAUCUUGAUGUUGAACACCUUAAGAGUAAACCUUGGCCUAUUACGCAGUACGGCACACUUGUUGUGGGCGGCCGUUAUGCCAACCCGUUCCCCGAGUAUCGUCCACAAACUAUUUAUGAAUUUCUUUACUGCCGUGUGAUUGAGAUGUUUCAUACGAAGCCUCGUGGUGGUGUUCCUGCCAACGCUGAAGAGGUUCGACGUCUUUUGCCAGCCCAUCGUCCUGAUUUUGAUUUGCUUUUUUCGACCUCUAAUGACUAUACCCACCAUGUUUCUUCUGCUUCUACACCGACCUUGACACCAACUAGCUCGUCGCAAGACCCUGAUGAUAUUCUUUUACCUUCUAUCCGUGACCGCUUGACUCUUACAUGGCUAGGCCAGAGCUGUGCGUUUGUGCAGUGUGCUGGAGUUAAUGUUUUGACAGACCCGUGUUUUGGUGAGCAUUUGGUACACCCUUACGUUGGUCCCAAGCGGAUCAGUCCACCUCCGUGCCAUUUUUCAGAGCUCCCCAAGAUUGAUCUUGUUUUAGUAUCUCACGACCACCCGGACCAUUUCGAGCUGGAGACUGCAGAGCAAAUUGGUAACUCUGCGACGUGGAUUGUACCCGUGGGCAUGUCGAAGCACUUGAAGAAGCUUGGAAUUGAUAACUACAAGGAGCUGAGCUGGUGGGAAAAAACAGAUCUUCCUGGAACGGAUCCUGCAGAAAAGUGGGAGAUUGCGUGCACGCCGGCGAUGCACUGGUCGGGACGAAACAUGUUGGAUGCCAACACAACUCUGUGGUGUUCGUUUGUUGUGCUGCGAGAUGGGAAGCCUGUGUUUUUCCAUGCAGGUGACACAGGGUACUCGCAACCUCUGUUUGAUGGGAUCAAGCACAUGUAUGGGGGCGGGUGUCAGGUGGCCAUGGUUCCGUGUGGCGCGUAUACACCACGAUGGCACCUGCGAUCACAACAUACGAAUCCGCAGGAAGCGAUCCAGAUUAUGAAGGACUUGGGUGCGCAGAAACUUGUGGGGGUGCACUGGGGCACGUUUGUGCUUUCGGAAGAACAUUUCUUAGAGCCUCGCGAGCUGCUGCACGAGCUGGCAAAGAAGGAAAACAGAGCUAAGGACAUUAUUGCGCCAGACUUUGGACGUACGUUAGUUUUUAGACUUCAUGAUACCAAGGACAUUGCAGAUAAACAAGAACAUGAGAUGAAGAGUAUUCGCGAGGGCAAGUCUCUUCUCUUUGAUUAA